AAAGUUACCUACCUAUCUAGUAAGUUUAUCAAGUGAGCCCGCCGAAUCACCAUCGCCCACCGACCAUCGCCUCGCCCUCGCUCGACGCUCUCCCAAUCCUCAGUCGUUCGCAAUCCACGGAUUGCAUCGGAUGCGGCAGCAGAAGACAGAAAGACGUAUUGAGCCAAAUGAAAUUUUAUCUGAAUAAAAAGUUCGGCUUUACCUAAUACACAGCAGCAUGGAUAACUUGGAAGAUUUUCUACCCCAAAACAGAGAAACGUCCUUGAUAUUCUUUGUCAAUGGAAAGAAGGUGAUAGAGCCGUCCCCGGAUCCGGAAUGGACGUUGUUGUGGUAUCUACGCAGGAAGCUGCACCUCACUGGCACGAAGUAUGGCUGUGGCGAAGGUGGCUGCGGAGCUUGUACUGUCAUGGUAUCACAGUAUAUUCAACCUGAAAAACGUGUCAAACAUAUAGCCGUAAAUGCGUGUUUGAUGCCACUGUGCGCAAUGCAUGGCAUGGCUGUGAUUACGGUUGAAGGGAUCGGCAACACGCAGGACAGAUUACAUCCUGUGCAAGAGAGGAUAGCUAAGGCCCACGGAUCACAAUGUGGAUUCUGCACGCCAGGCAUAGUUAUGUCGAUGUACACUUUGCUAAGGAAUAAAUCUAAAAUUGAAUAUGACGACAUUGAAACGGCGCUACAAGGCAAUUUGUGCAGAUGCACUGGCUAUAGACCGAUUGUGGAGGGAUUUAAGACAUUUAUGGAAGCCUGGGAAGGCGUUAAUAAUAUUAAUGGAGAAAACAAGUCUUGCUCAAUGGGAAAUGACUGUUGCAGACUUAAUAAACAGAAAGAUGAUGACGUUUUAGUUAAAAAAUCUAAAUUCUUGUCGUAUAGCCCAACCCAGGAACCAAUUUUCCCUCCUGAUUUAAUAUUAAAUAAUGAUACAUAUACGAAAAGGUUUUUAAUUUUUAAAGGAAAAAAUAAUGUGUGGGUGCGACCACAAACCCUUGAAGAGUUACUUUUAAUUAAAAAUAAGUUUCCGGAGGCUAAAAUAGUAGUAGGUAAUACGGAAAUAGGAGUAGAGGUAAAAUUUAAAAAGAAAGUUUAUCCAAUACUACUUUCCUCAUUUUUGAUAGAGGACAUGAAUAAAAUACAUGUGACAGACACGAGUAUUAAAGUUGGAGCAUCUGUGUCGUUGUCAGAUUUACAAGAGUUUUUAAAAAAUUACAUUCAAAAGAACGGUAAGGGAACGAGAACUUUGGAAGCCAUUGUGGAAAUGCUACAUUGGUUUGCGGGAAGCCAAGUUCGUAAUGUUGCCUCUCUCGUGGGGAAUAUUAUGACAGCUAGUCCGAUAUCAGAUUUAAACCCAAUACUGAUGGCUUCUACUUCUUCACUUACACUAGUAAGUUUAGACAAAGGCAUCCGCACAGUGUUAAUCGAUGAAACAUUUUUCACAAGUUAUAGAAAAGUAAAAGUUGCAGAUAAUGAAGUUGUUCUGUCAGUGGAAAUUCCUUUCACAGAAGAAAUGCAGUUUCUUAAAGCUUACAAACAAGCUAGACGAAGGGAUGAUGACAUAUCUAUUGUAACAGCUGCAUUUAAUGUCAAGAUAGACAAACAUACGCAUUUGGUGAAUGAAGCAAAAUUAUGUUAUGGUGGUAUGGGCCCGACGACAAUAUGUGCUGAAAAAUCAUCUAACAAAAUAAAAGGCUGUAAAUGGACUAAGGAUCUUAUUAAAAUAGUUUUUGAUUCUCUCACCGAGGAAUUGCAAUUAGAUAGUUCUGCACCAGGAGGAAUGGCCGACUAUCGCAAAUCUCUUUGUCUUAGCUUAUUUUUUAAAUUCUAUUAUUACGUUUGGGAUAAAAUAAAAAGCAACAAAAUGGAAAUCAUAGACAGUGAUAAUCCAGGGGCAUAUGAAAUAUCGCGUGCAGUACCAAAAAGUGCGCAAUGUUUUGAGAUAAAAGGGAAUAUUACGAGCAAUUACGAUACCGUUGGUAAACCCGUUCCUCAUGCAUCUGCAAUGAAACAUGCAACAGGUGAAGCAAUAUACUGUGAUGAUAUUCCUGUUUUGAAUGAAGAGUUAUUUCUGUGUUUGAUAUUUAGCACGGAGUCACAUGCAAGAAUAAAAUCUCUUGACCCCAGUGAAGCGUUGUUAGAUCCCGACGUUGUAGCAUUUUUUUCAGCGUCCGAUUUACCCAAAGAACGGAACAAAAUGGGUGCCAUAUUUAAGGAUGAAGAAAUUUUUGCUUCAGAAAUUGUGACAAGUCGAGCUUGUGUAAUAGGAGCAGUAGUUGCAAAGUCCGAAAGUGCAGCAAGGAAAGCAAAAGAUCUAGUUAAAGUAACCUAUGAAAAAUUACAACCUGUAAUUAUAACAAUUGAAGAUGCUAUCCAUCACGGUUCUUAUUAUUCCGGCUAUCCACGUAAAUUAGAAAAAGGAAACGUUGAAAAAGCUUUUCAAGAGUCAAACUAUGUCAAGGAAGGUUUUAUAAGAACCGGGGCGCAAGAACAUUUUUACUUAGAAACUAUAUCAGCUUUAGCCAUAAGAAAGGAAGACGAAUUAGAAAUUAUUUGUACUUCUCAAUAUCCCGCUGAAAUCGCACUUCUUGCAGCAAAGGCGCUUGCGAUACCAAAUCAUAAAGUUGUAGCAAAGGUUAAAAGAAUAGGAGGUGGGUUCGGUGGAAAAGAAUCCAGGCCAGCACUCCUUGCCAUACCGGUGGCUGUUGCUGCAUAUAAAUUAAAAAAACCAAUUCGAGCGGUGUUAGACAGAGAUGAAGACAUGCAAGUUACUGGUUACCGGCAUCCAUUCUUAAUUAAAUACAAGGUUGCGUUUGAUGAUAGUGGUAAAAUCAUAGCUGCUACCUUCGAUAUUUAUGCGAAUGCUGGCAAUUACAUGGAUAUAUCAUGUUCGAUGAUUGAAAGGGCCUUAUUCCAUGUGGACAAUUGUUAUUCUAUACCAAACAUACGAGUAAACGCAUAUCUCUGCAAAACAAACAUGCCAUCAAAUACUGCAUUUAGAGGAUUUGGUGCACCAAAAGCCAUGUUGGCUGCAGAAGCUAUAAUACGAGAUAUUGCCAAAACGAUAGGCAAAAGUUACGAAGAAAUCGCAAGCAUAAACCUUUAUAAAGAAGGGGAUUUAACACACUACAAUCAAAGCCUUGAGUAUUGCACAUUAUCUCGAUGCUGGCAGGAAUGUAUAGACAGUUCUAAUUACUGGCAAAGAAAGAAACUGGUUGAGGAAUAUAACAGGUUGAACCGAUGGAAAAAGAAAGGUCUUGCGAUGGUUCCAACAAAAUACGGCAUUGCGUUUGGAGUCGAUGUAUUAAUGCAAGCUGGAGCUUUGUUACUGAUUUACACGGAUGGUUCAGUUCUGUUGUCUAUUGGAGGAAUUGAAAUGGGUCAAGGUCUAUUUACGAAAAUGAUCCAAAUAGCAUCUCGAGCUUUAGAUAUUGAAAUCUCCAAAAUUCAUAUCAAUGAAAUGUCAACCGAUAAAGUACCAAAUAGUACGCCAACAGCAGGAAGCGUUAGUUCUGAUCUGUACGGAAUGGCUGUAAUAAAUGCUUGUAACGUUCUGAAUGAAAGAUUGAAACCUUACAAGAUGCAAAAUCCUAGCGGGAAAUGGGAAGAUUGGGUUGCUGCCGCAUAUUUAGACAGGGUUUGUCUAUCAGCCACUGGAUUUUACUCAGCCCCUAAAUCAGAUUACAGUCGUGAAAAAAAUUGCGGGAAUGUGUAUCAAUACUUUACGUACGGCGUAGCUUGCUCCGAAGUAAUCAUAGAUUGCUUGACUGGUGAUCAUCAAGUCCUUAGAACUGAUAUUGUUAUGGACUUGGGGGAAAGUUUGAAUCCUGCAAUAGACAUCGGUCAAGUCGAAGGCGCUUUUAUUCAAGGAUACGGAUUUUACACGAUGGAAGAGAUGCUAUUUUCUCCCACCGGGGAAGUUCUGUCUAGAGGACCAGGUGCAUACAAAAUACCUGGCUUUUCAGACAUUCCUAAGGAGUUUAAUGUAUCACUCUUAAAAGGUGCUCCAAAUCCACGCGCUGUCUACUCAUCCAAGGCUGUUGGGGAACCUCCACUUUUCCUGGCCGCUUCAGUUUUCUUCGCAAUCAAGGAAGCUAUUCAAUCUGCACGUAUAGACGCUGGCUUCGGCUCUGAUUUCACAUUGGAAGUACCGGCUACCUGUGCGCGAAUUAGAAUGGCGUGUGAAGACCACAUUACAGAACAAGUAAAGCCAACUAUAAAAUCUGGAGGGCAACCGUGGAAUAUAGUUCCGUAGAUAAUAACCUAAUUUCUAUAGGUAAGUACUUACCU